AAUCUUUAUCUACUCACUCACUCUAGUCUUUUCUUUCACAUCUCCUCUCUAAAAUAAUCCUCCUCUAUUCUCUUCAUCUCCAAAUCUUUCCCCAUUUUUUCCCAACAAAAUUGAUUAAUUAUAAUUGUAUUUACAAAUUAAACUAACCAUCUUUCUAAUUAUUUAAACUAAAUAAAAAAAAUGAUGGAGUUCGAACAUUCAGAAGACCACGAAGAGGAGGAAAUGGAAGAAGAAGAAGAAGAAGACGAAGAAUCAGAAAUGGCAACAAUAACUCCAACUUUAAAAAAACAUCAAGUAACGCCGUUAGCCGCCGUUAGAUAUCGCGAGUGCUUAAAAAACCAUGCCGUCGGAAUAGGAGGUCACGCCGUUGACGGUUGUGGUGAGUUUAUGCCAGGUGGAAUAGAAGGCAGUUUAGAUGCGUUAAGAUGCGCAGCUUGUAACUGCCACCGUAACUUCCACCGUAAAGAGUUGUUCUCACCAGACAACAACAACCAACUCACACUUUACUCUCCUACUCAUCCUAGGCCCCACCACCCUCAACAAAUCUACCAAUUUUACCCUUAUAACAGGACAACACCACCUGCAUAUCACGUGAUAGGGGGACAGAGACCUUUAGCUUUACCUUCUCCGACAACAAUGGCGGCGCCGACCAACAACGUUAACAACAUCAACCGGCAACAAGAGAUUAUCGGAAGUGGGGAAGGAGGGUCCAAUUCUUCUGGAAAAAAGAGGUUUAGGACAAAAUUUACACAAGAUCAAAAGGAUAAGAUGUUGAGUUUAGCGGAGAGAUUAGAUUGGAAGAUACAAAAACAAGAUGAUGUUGUGGUGCACCAAUUCUGUAAUGAAACUGGGGUUAAAAGACAUGUUCUUAAGGUUUGGAUGCAUAAUAACAAACAUACCCUUGGUAAGAAACCCUAGUUUAGCUAGCUUAGCUAAUUAUUAAUUUAUUGUCCUUUUUUUAAUUUUAAUUAAUAAAUUAAUGUACUUCUUUAUUUGUCUGUUUAUUGUACGUAAUUAAGAUAAUGGGGUUUUGUUGUGUUAUAUUUUUAGUAUUAGUGUUAUGAUCAUAUGUUAGUGUUAUUACUAAAAAUGGAAUUGGGGUUGCAAAUUCAUUCUAGCUACCACUUUCUAUUCUAAAUUUAGAGGUCUAGCUUAGCUUUUACUAUGUCUUUGUGCUUAUUUUUGUAUCUUUGAUUUGUUAAUGAAUUAGUGAUUAAUUAUCUUAUUAUCAAAUGAAGCUAUGGAUUUAGCUUUUCG